AUGGACAUCUAUGAGAAGCUAAAUCAAAUACAAGACCAAGUGUUUUCACAAUUAGACUUAUUGGUUCAAACAACAGACAUUAAAGAUGAAGAAGAAUACUCAAUUGCUACAUCAACUAUUUUUUCACAAAUCCAUAAAUUACUUCUAACUUUCAAAGACUACCUUCGAAUAGUAAAAUUAAGCAACCCUAAAGCAGCUGAUUCAUCCACUUAUCAAAUUUAUGACUUGAAAUAUAAAUCUUUAAAAUCAAAACUAAAAUUUUUAGAAAUUUAUAUAAACGAUACACGAGAUAGAAAUUUACAAGAAUGGAGAUUAGAUCAUUUCAAUCUAACUGACUUAUCAUCAAUUGGGAACGAAUCCACAGAGUCUCAAAUGAGAGAAGAAUUAUUUUCAAAUAGAUCGUUACAAAAAGCCAAUGAAAAGUCAAUCGCUCAACAAAUUCAAGAACAGAACAACAAAAUCACAUCCUCAUUACAAUCUUCGAGAGAUUUAUUAUCGGCUUCCAUACUACAAUCUGAAUUAAAUAUUGAUUCAAUUGAUCAACAAACGAAAGAUUUGGCGAAAUUAAAUGAGAAUUUUAUUCAAUUUAGUGAUUUAUUAAAUAAACUGAAGGGUAUAAUUAAAUUUAUUGAGAAACAAGAUAAGCAAGAUAGACAAAGGAUUUAUUUGAGUGUUGGGUUUUUUUUAUUAUGCUGCUCUUGGGUCAUUUAUAGAAGAGUGUUACGAAGACCAAUAAGAAUCUUGUUAUGGUCUUUCUUCAAAAUUUUUAACAUAUUUGGCUGGUUGUUGAGUUUUGGAAAGAAAAGUCUGAAUGUUGAAGAAAGAGAUUUUACCGCUUCAUUGAUAGCGACAUCACAUGCAACAGUUGCUGACGCAUUUUCUGCUACGUUGAUCACUACUGUAUCUGAAAUUUUAGAAGCUACUAUUUCAGCGGUAUUGACAGAUGGACUAGCAGAUUGA